AUGGCAAAUGCAAGACUCCAUGGAAAUUACAACUCACAAGACACAGUGUUCCAAGAGACGAUAAGUGAUGGUUGUGAUCACAGAGUCUGGGACUGUGAGAGUCCUCUCUACGAUUCUUACGAGCUCGUCUCUUUUGCUCACAUAAUCGAACGCAAACUAUUGCCUUUCUCUCCACUCACUCGGCCGUCUAGUGUGAGUCUGCGAGCUCUGAUGGAUAAAGAUAAAGACGACUAUUCCUCUGUUUCCGAGACGACCACAAGAUGUGUUCAACGGAGGAAAAAAAGGUGGAAUAGAACAAAGAAGAAUGACGAAACAAAGGAAGAUAUCAAGAAGAAGAAGAGGAAGAUAUCUUCUUGUAUUUUAUGGUGCAAAUCGUCUUACAAGAACUUGUUUUUGUAA